GAAAUAAGAAGCUUUCUUCGUCGAUAAAGGCGUUUUCUAUGAAACUUAUAAAUGACAUACGUUGUGUCACGUGUAAUUUUAAAGGUUAGGGUGUGUAAAAACAAUCUGUUUUUCAUCAAAAUCAGUUCAAUUUAAAAAACAAAUUGGUAUUACUGAUAUCGUUACACAUAUUUUUAACCAUGGAACAGAAGGCAAGUGGAAAACAGAAUAAAACUUGGACCGACGAAGAACGAUUGGCACUUGCUUCAAAAUUAGAUGCAGAAUUAGAUGAAUAUAUUAGUAAUUUAGAAAAAAAGAGUUAUACAGAGGGAUGGCCAGAAGAUCGGUGGGAAGAAGAGAUGGAAAAGCAUCCUUUCUUUAUGAAAAAGGCUCCAGAACCAGGAGAGGAACUUUCUCCGUUAAUGGAAGGCUUACAACAACUCAAAUAUGGAGCAUAUGAGAACACACCUGAGGAACUUGCUAAUAAUUAUAAAGAGGAUGGGAACUUUAAUUAUAAAUAUAAAAAGUAUAGAUUAGCUAUUUUAAGUUACACAGAAGGCAUAAGAACCAAAUGCAAAGAUAACGACUUAAUGGCUCAGCUUUAUAACAAUAGAGCUGCUGCACAUUUUAUGUUAAAGAAUUAUCGAUCGAGUCUCAAUGAUUGUAAACAUGCUCUAAAAUUAAAACCAAACUAUACAAAAGCUCUGAACAGAGCUGCCACUUGUUGUUUUCAUAUAAAAGUCUAUGAUCAAUGUAUCGAUCUUUGCGAUCAAUUACUUGAUCAGUCUCCAACUGACAAAGAAAUUUUAAAUUUAAAAUCACAGGCAGUAGCUGCUAGAGAACGUUUGAAAAGAGACAAAAGAAAACAAGAGAGAUUAGAAAAGAAAUUAGACAAAGAAGAAGAAGAGUUACUAAGUAUCAUAAAAAGUAAGGGUAUCGGUUUGGAGUUAAUUGAGGGGAAAAAAAAUCCUGAAUUAAAAGAUUUAGAGCCUCAAGUACCACAGAUAGCACAGAGUAGGGUUCAUCUGGAUGCACAAAAUAAGCUCAUUUGGCCUGUAAUGAUUUUAUAUCCAGAAACACAUCAAACAGAUUUCAUACAAAAUUUCCAUCAGGACACAUUAUUAAUUGAACAAUUAGAACAACUAUUUAAUGAACCACCUGAAUGGGACACGGAACGGCGUUAUACUCUUCAGAAUAUAAAUGUUUAUUUUGAGGGUAAAGAUAAAUGCUCUAUACACAAGGUGAACGCCCAUCAUUCCCUCGAGAAAAUAUUGCAAGAUGAACGAUUUAUAGUUCGCGGAGGAACCCCGGUGUUCUUAAUAUUCGUAAAAAGUAGCGAGGCUGAAAAACGAUUCUUAGCCAACUACUAAUUAAUGGUACAUAUGAUUUUGUGUAUAAAUUUUUGAAGAAAAUUAAUAAAUUAUCUCCUCCUUUGAUUGUUUUAAA